CGUACAUUCAAGUUCAACGGGACACAAAAAAUGGCCAUUUUACCGAGUCAACCACUACGCAUAAACAUAACCAGAAACACGAUUCCUUGAUCUCGCUCGAGGGGUACGUAUAUAUCCACCAUUUUCUUAAAAUUUAUUCGGUUCUACUAACACAGGUCCCAACUGUACGUUUUCCCGCUCAGAAUACAUUAAGCGAGGCAGUAAAUAUAGAUACAUACUUAUAAUAAAUACAUUCGAAUUACGUGUGUCUCUUUGAGAUCAUUAAAAAGCGAGAGAUAUGACCACUGAAACUGCCGUCGCUCCUGUCAUCACAAGCCCCGAACAUCCCAAGAAAAACCGAAUUCAAGUCUCCAACACCAAAAAACCUCUUUUCUUCUAUGUCAAUCUUGCUAAGAGGUACAUUCAACAACAUGAUGAAGUUGAGCUAUCUGCUUUGGGAAUGGCAAUUACUACAGUUGUUACAGUAGCUGAGAUACUCAAGAACAAUGGACUUGCUGUCGAAAAAAAGGUCGUGACAUCCACCAUUGGCAUGAAGGAUGAAACGAGGGGCCGACUUAUUCAAAAGGCCAGGAUCGAGAUUGUGUUGGGGAAGACCGAGAAGUAUGCGUCAAUGGCAUCUCCAACCAGUGCCACUCAAGCACGUGAGAAGGAAACAGUUGCUAACAACAAGGAAGAAAAGAAACAGUAGGAUCAAUCGGCGAUGCUUUCCUCAUAGAGAUGUGGUGAUUACAUUCUAUUUUGUGUUUCCUACCUUCAAUGCACCCGAAUUUCAAAGAUUCGAGGUCGUAAUUUUUCGAAUCAAAACUUUGUGUUAAUAUGUUUGAUUUGUGUUUUGAGUCCACAUCAAACCAUUAGUCUUGCUCAAAAUUUGAGCAGCACAAGAAGUGGUAUACUAUAUAUAUGCCUGUGUAAACAAAAGACAAAGUCUAUGGUUGCAAAUUGGUUUUUUUUCAUUCAUAUCACUUGAUGUUCGGACAUACAAGCAUUUAAUAUUUGUUCCAUACAACAUUUUAAUUAAACAAAGAUCAUAUUUCUAGAC